CAAUUCUUUGCAGACUGAAAAAAAAGUAUUUCAGCACGUGUGGUCGUGUAUAAUUGUCCUUUAGAUCGGAGAAAUGUUCACUUUGAAAACGUGUACUGGGUUUGUUUCAAGAGUUGCUAAACUUGCUCCCACCCGACAAAUUUUCCUGUCAUGUCGAAAGCAAGUUGAUGACGAAUGGAGACCUUCGACGAACACUACUAAUCAAGCUGAAGACGAAAAUGCACCAAUGGGUGUCAGUGUUGAGAAAACUAUUAACUCAGUGACCCUAUUGGGUAGGGUUGGUUCAAAUCCUGUGAAACGUGGCUCUCCAGAUCAUCCAGUAGUUACAUUUUCGUUGGCCACAAACUCAAAUUAUAGCUAUGCGAACGGAGAUAUCACCCAAAAGACUGAAUGGCACAGGAUUUGUGUUUUUAAACCUUACCUCAGGGAAUCAACUUUUAAAUAUACAACUAAAGGACAAAGGGUACUUGUCCAAGGAAGGAUCAUCUAUGGUGAAAUCAAAGAGCCUGAGGGACAAUUAAGACAUACAUCUUCAAUAGUUGCAGAUGAUGUAAUUUUUUUCAAAAAUGGUUAAUAAUGGAAACAUGUACAAAGAAAAAUGCUGGAAAAAUACAGAUAUGUUAAUUAAGAA